GAAAAAAAGCCUGUUCUCCCACCCCCUCACUUCAUAACACCCGCCUUUUUAUGUAUAGAUGAGAUGGAGGGAACAGCUUUUGUAGUCAUGAUAGGCGAGAAGUAAACAUCUUCUAUCGCAUAUGCAGCGUGGUUGAGAGGCUUUAAUCACGUUUAUAUUAUUUAGCAAGUUCAACUAUGCUAGAGUGCAGAAAAAAAGAGGGGGAAAAUCGCACUGUUGACCUCGUGUAGCUUUUGACCUCGUGGCUAUUUAGAUAAAUAACCACCUCCCGCUGGAAGUUGUAAAAUAAAAGCACUUCCGUUCUAAAGGAAUUUAGCAAUCGCUUGAUGUUGCAGUGUAGUUCCUUAUUCAUAUCGCAAUCUGUUGAUUACGUUUCAGUGGUUGAUACCCCAUAAGAUAAACGAUGUAUCAAAGGAAAUAAACCCAUUCCAUCAAAAUUAGGAUCAUGGGGACUAGAUGAGACCCCAGCGCACGAGUCUUGUGGUUGUGACAAGGCACACUACUUUUUUGUAUUCAUGCUCUGACCAAAGCAUCGGCCCGAAUAUUUUGUUUACAGUUUUUAUGUGCCCGAUCAACCUCAUGUGUGUUCAUAUAUGGCUUCAGAACUUUUAUACCUCGGCAUUUUGUUUACGAUAACAUUCAAUUGUAUAUAUGGCCAAGGUUUUUCAAGAACCAAGGGCAAUGGAGUAGACAAAAUAAAGCCAGGGGUUGCACUGGUCCCUGCAGCUUACAAAGUGUAUUUACAGCGGAGAACACCUGUGCUGCUCAAUUGCUCCCUCAACGUAACUGACCCGUCUUUGCGGCCUCUCAGCUAUACCUGGUUCAAAGAUGGCGAAGAGGUAGAUGUGGAUCGCCCCAAGUCCAAAAUCCAACUUUUUCAAAAUGGAUCUUUGUACUUGGGGCCAGGUUUUAGGCGGAGGAAUAGGGGUCGGAAUUCUCGCAAAAUGGAUGGAUUGUACGUGUGCAAGGUGAAAACGACGAAGGGGAUUCUCAUCGCUCGGCGCGUGCAUGUUGUUAUGUCAG